ACCAAUUGUGCCAUGGCAUUGCCCUUGGACUGCUUCUCGGGCCUUCUCUGCGCCGAAGAUUGCAAACUCAUCGUCGUCGACGACGGAGCCGAUGAAGUCGGGAGCGGGUCUCGCCAGAACCAGAAAGAACGGAUGUUUUUUCUUCGAUGAUUCGGGCUUCGAUACGAGAGUUUCGUUGCUUCUUGAGAAAGAAGGAGAAAUGAUGCCGAGGGAGGAUUACUUGACGAGGCUUCAUUCUGGAGACCUCGACGUUUCUGCUCGCAAUGACUCGGUUGACUGGAUUUUACAAGGUUCAUCGCCAUUUCAACUUCGAACCAUUGACUGUUUAUUUAUMUGUGAAUCAUCUGGAUCGAUUCUUAUCACAGUACGAACUUCAACGUGGGAAGCCAUGGAUGUUCCAGUUGCUAUCUGUAGCUUGCGUGUCUUCGGAGCGUUUCAUUUAAAAAAGUCAAAAGUAAAAUAAUUUAAUGAAAAAAAUCACAGCCCCAGACAAAAAACAAAGGUUAGAACUUACCUGA